UAUCAAAUUUGAAUUCUUAGGAAACAGAAUGGCAUAUACCAGUCUAUAUUUAGCAGCAACAACCAAAAAGCAGCUGAGUCAGCUGACUGGAAGCUACUAGCCUGAUGUGCAGCCUUGGUUUAGACAGCACAUAUUCAGUGCUGGAAUCAAAGAGAACAGACAGCACCGGAGAGACGCCGAGCCUAAAGUUUUAAAAACCAUCAAGCUGUUCCUGAAACAAACACAUUAAGCAAUGGCUCCCCGGAUAAGACUGAACAUAGGAAAGCCUCUCCCAACCAUAAAUGAAGCCCUUGAGGAUAUUCUAGAAGAAAAAACCAGCAACACAAAAGGGGUUGGAAAUGUUUACAUGUGCCCACAUUCUUGCUCUGGUGAAGACUACCUUCAGUCUAUCUGCCAGCUGGCAAGACCCACAUUUCCGUUACCACUUCUGGAGAGUAAACGUAAAGCCCAAGACACAGACAAGCUGGGAGUACUGCAUCACAGCAAGAUGGUCUUCAACUUGCCUGAGACACCAAAAAUAAUGUCGAAGUGUAAACUAACUGACACUCUUCCUAAUCUAAAGUCAUUGGAAAGAAAUUGCUUUAUUCUUGAUCAUAUCAAAACCGACUCCAACUCUAAGGCAAACCCACUAGAAGAGAUGUAUACAAAAGAUCAGAAGACCCAUCAGUGGGGACGUUCUUAUGGCAGUGAGAACACUGGUCCUGUCUAUCCACAGUACAUCUGUUAUGGUACCCAUUUAUCUAUACCCCAAGAAAAAACUAUAGAGAAACAAGAUGUAGUUGAUUUCCCUAGGCUUCUCUCCCCAAGACCAGUGCAGAGGGAAAACAGCUGCCCAGAGCUAAAGAGUCUCAAAAACCACGCGAGGAUGCCGACUCUGAAAAAUGGUCCAAAUCAAAACGAAAAUGACCCCCUCAUUGUUAAUGGCAAAUCAAUCUGGCUGUAUGCACCCAGAGAAAACCCACUGGAUGCCAAGAUUUUGAGACCUUCCCAAAGAGGGCAGCAGACUCUGAAGGGAGCAGCAUUUCUUGAAAGAGAGCACCUGAAGCCUUCCUUGCUGAAUCCCAAUGUGAAGAAAGAGAUGAACAACAGAGAAGGAUAUAUGGAAUACUUCUAUAUUGAUCAAAAAGCUACAAGCCGGCACUGGAUUUCAGAAUACCAAUGUGCUUGGAAAGAGGCAAAGGUGAGAGCCUGCCUUCUCCCUGCUAUUGCAGAAUCAUGAAUGCCCCAUUAUUUGAGGAAAAUAUGGAUGGCAUCUCUCUCUCCUUCUCAGAGAGCAUUCUAUCAUUUUUAAUGUUGCAGAAUGCUGAUUUACUGUAAAAUGUACACAGCAGUCUGAGGGUCCAAAUGACCUGAAGAAUAUCCAGAGCUUCAGAGAAUCAAAUGAAGGGAACAAAUGACAGGGUUCCAUGCAGAACACAUUGCAAGCUUAGUUAUCUUGGACAUUUCAAUUACUGGAGUUCAGAAAUUGAGUUGUAAUUACUUUACAGCCUAUAACCUAUUGUAUCUUUUGGCAGUAUGAAAACAGACAAUCCAUAUACUAAAUUAUUUCCAAUCUACGGAGCCAAGUUUGUUCAGAUCUCGGCUAUAUGUUUUGGAGAAGUGUUUAUAUUCAGCAGAGUUUCAAAUUCUGUACAUGCCAGACCUUCACCCAAAGGAUCCUUACAUUCUUGCUGGCUUUUUAGCAAAAACAAGAAGAUGGUCAAGAGGAGCGAGAAACACAGACCUAGUUAAUCAGAUUGUAAGAAAACAAGAGUAGUCCUGCUGAAUCAAUCCAAGGGUCCAUAAAGUCCAGCAUCCCCGUUUCCUACAGUGACCAACCAGAUGCCUCUGGGAAACCCAUAAGGUGAAGGCAAUAGCUCUCCUUCGCCACUUCCCUCCCAACAAUUGGUAUUCAGAGGCAUACUACCUCUCACCUGGAACUAGCAUGAAGCCAUCAUGCCUCCUUCUUGAAAUGAUCUAAUCCCCUUUUUUGCCAUCAGAGCUGGUAGCCGUCACCACAUCUUGUGGGAAGUUAAUUCCAUACAUUAAUUAUGCAUUGCAUGAAGGAGUACUUUCUUUUGUCUGCCCUGGUCUUCUUCAGUGGGCUCGCUAGAUGCAGGGUGCAUUUUCAUACAAGCAGUAGUGUGUGCAAACCGCUCAGCAUUGGUCGCGUAGAAGCUCCCAAUUGCCUCAUCAUUAUUCCUUCCCAGUUGUAUUGCAAAGCAUCCUUUUAUAGGGCUUAGGCCCCUCCCUCUGCUGCCACUUUCUCUCAGUAAAGUAAGGCCCUACCUGCUUCCUGUGUUUUUUAGCCAUACCGCCCUUUAGAAGGGUCCCUGGUAUGUUAGAAGGCUCUCUGCUAAACAUAUAACCAAGUACCUCAUAUUUCUUCUACAAGCAUAAUAAUGAUGCUCAUUGCCUUUUGCCACUUUAUUAUCUAUCUAUCAUAUUUUUAUACUGCCCAAGACUUACGUUUCUGGGCAGUUUACAACAAAGUAAAAAGAGAAAAAGUAAAACAUUAGUUAAAACAAAAACAAAAAGGUUAAAACAUUACAACAAUUUAAAAUUUGUUAAACAAUAUUUUAAAACACCAUUAAAACAGUAUUAAUUAAAAGCCUGAGUGAACAGAUGUGUCUUUAAAGACCUUUUAAAAGCUGUCAGAGAUGGGGAGGCUCUUAUUUCACUGGGGUGUGCAUUCCAAAGCCUCGAGUGAAUUUGAGGUGAACGGCAACGAAUCACCCUACUCUCCCUAGCCAGUCCCACUCCCUGCACUGGAGCAGGUACUGAUGCUGCCCCAACCCUUCUCUGGUCCCUCGCUUCACAUCAAUGGCCCACAUGCUUAUCCUCAUCUUCUGGAUUCUCCCUUUGUAGCCACGACCUCAUUUGGCCUGCUUGCUGUUUGCACAUCAUGUGAGGCAGUAAAUGAAGCUAGGAGCAGCAGCUCCAUGCACUGGCUUCUCUUUCCUGCUUUGUUGUUAAACCAGCACCAUCUCUCUCUCUCUCUCUCCUCCCCACCCCUUACAAACAGUAAGCAGCGGUCGUGUGUUCCAGGUGACACUGGGAGGGAGAAGAGGGCUGAUGUGAGAGCCAGUGAGGUGGCAGGGAGGAAAGUCAGGGCUGGCAACGGAGUGGGGGAGAGUCAAAAGACCAGCACAGCAGCAGCAGCAGCGUAGAUGAGAUGGGGCAGUGGCAUCCAACAGGUGGGAUGACACCUGGGGCGGGAUACCCACUCUCACACCUGAGACUGAUGCCUCAUGGGGCCUCAUGAUGGAAGCACCCUGAUAAUGAAAUGACUUGCCCUCCAUUCUGGUUUCUCUAAAAUAAAAGGUAAUUAAUUAAGGAUCUCUGUACUUUCCUCAUUGCACUGAUGCAGAGGUACAAAUUCCCCUUUGUUUUAGGGCAGGGAAAUUAUAGUAUUUAGCCUUUUUGUUUCUAGCUUUGACCCGGGAGACUUCCAGGGCACGCUUUUUAAUACUGGUACAUCAAGUGCUGUGUUUAAUGGCAUUUAUGUUUUCUGAUAUGAAAACUAGCAAACUGGGCAAAAUGCACUGAUGGUUUGAGUUUCCUUUUAAUUUUUCUAGACCAAACUAGACUCAGCUGAAAAAUAAUGCUAUCUCCCCAGUGUAAAUGGGAUAAAAAGACAAGCUGUCUAUGUUUGUCUCGUAUCCUGUUGUUUCUUGCCUAGUUUUGUGAUUUAGAUGAAACUUUCUGCAUCUUCAGUGGUCUCAGCAACCCACCUGGCAGUAUGCCAUGUUCAAAGCAUGUCCUGCUACUUUCUGCAUCUACAUUAUUAACAUAAAAUAUUGUGUACAGUGUCUGUUACAGUACAUGUGACAUUAAGGGCUGCUGCUUCACAUGCUAUCAAGUUAGCAGAUACACUACAUGUACCCCUUGGUGUGUACCUUGUUACAUGUAACAGUGAUACAUGUAUGUAUGUGUGUAUGUAUGUAUGUAUGUAUAUAUGUAUUUUUAUUAUAUGUACACAUGCAGUAAUUCAGACCCAGGACCUGCAUGUUGUGUGCACAUACAUUCAAGAACUGUUUGUCACUUUGAUUUAUUGCAGGCUUCAGUGCAGGUCUACAGGUACAUAUCUGCUGAGAUUGUAGAUUUUGAAGCAGAUACUAAGAGGAACCCUACCAUUACCAUUUGGUGCUGUUGACUAUUGCUAGUGUGGCCUAUGGAGGCAAUUUAACUGGUGUGUUCUUCCUAGAAACGUUGACUGAAACAAUGGUAAAGCUGAUAGAAAUAGGGGCUAAGAAUUAUUUAUUAAAUUUGUUUGCAGACGAUAUGAUCCUAACUCAUGCAAAUUCUGGAAGUUCAGCUAAAUAUACUAAGGAGAAAUUACAAGAUUUCAUGGAAGUAUCAGGAUAAACAGUUAAUUUUCUGAUAGAAUAUGAUCACUAUGGCAGAGGAAAAUUGAAAAUUUGUUUUAGCUCUAAGAAACUGUGGGUUAAUAGGAAGGUUGUAUAUAGACCACAGAAGGAGGGAGAAUGGAAUUCCAAAUUUAAGACUAUAUUAUGAAGCUGCACACUUUGGACAUAUGAUUUCAUUUAUACUAGAAGACUCAAUUAAACAGGGGGUCCAAAUAGAGAAUGUACAAGAGGCAGAUGGUUUUUAAAUAAAAGUUCUUUUUUGUUCAAUUCCCCACCCCCCACCCCAAAGAUAGCCAAGAUUAACCAUUUGUUUACUAAAGCAAUGUUCCAGAUAUGGAAGAAAAGAUAUGUGGAGUUGAUGGGGACUAUUUCCCCCAUUAACACCUUUAAAGAUGUAUUUUGGCCCUGGUAAUAAAUAUGUGUUGAUUCAGCUGGAUUUAUUGAGGAAAUAUGGGUUAUAUAGAUUCAGAGAUUUUUUUUAAUGGGGAGGGGUUAUGUAAUAGGGAACAGAUUGAGCAUAAGUUUGGUUAUCAAUCACCAUGGUUAUUUGGGUUUCAAAUUAAAACUAUUUUUAGUAAUAAAGAGAGAGUAAAUUCAGUAACUCAAUCACUUACACAUUUUGAAAAAUUAAUUCUGUCUCAUCAGGAUCAGCCAAAAGGGAUAGUUUCCAAAAUUUAUAUACUACUGUUACAAAUAGAAAUAGGGGACCCUCCAAGAAUUUUGAAGGAUGUUUGGGAAAUGGAUUGGGGAAGUCCUACAGAAGAGAGUAAAUGGCGAUCAUUAUGGAAGUCUGGAGGAUUCCUGGCUGCUUCCAUACAAGAGCUACAAUGGAAGAUUUUUACAAUGGUGGCAUUUAACUCCAGUAAAAUCAGCAUAUAUUUCUCAUAAUCAUUCUGCUCAGUGCUGGAGGAGGUGUAAGCAAAAGGGAACAUUUUAUCACAUAUGGUGGUCUUAUAAAAAGGUGGUAUGUUUUUGGCAAAAAAUAUUUGGAGAACUAAGAACUAUAAUGAGACAAAAUGUGGAGUGUUCUCUGCAAUUAGGGCUAUUACAUAUAUUUGUAGGAAAUAAUGCCAGUUAAAAAAUAAGGAACUUGUAACUUUUUAAAUCUUGGCAGCGAAAACACUAAUUGUUCUACAGUUGAAAUAUUUGGAUCAAUUAACAAUGGAGCAGUGGUAUAAUAAGGUGUGGUCAGUUGCGCUCUUAGAAAAGAUAACUGAUGAGAUUAGAUUAAUGCAGGCUGUGAGAGUAGAACCACAGUUCCACUGUAUUUGGGCAGAUUAUGUUUAUUAUAUUAACAGUACUAGAUCUGAUUUUGGAUUUUCUUGUGAUAUUUGGAAAAUCUGAUUGUUAAAUGUACUGUGUUAUUAUGUGAUACUGUUCUACAUUAUUAUGUGAAUACUGCAAAUAAAAAUUUAAAAACCUGAA